AUGGUAUUUGCGGACGAAGAGCAGCCUCUGCUCAGAAUUAUAUCACACGAAUACGAAAGUAUUCAACAGGAGCGCGAUGGUGAAGAAGCCGGGAAUGACGCGCUUGAUUUUGAACCUUUGGACCCUGAAAACCCUAGGAAUUGGUCGAAAACGUUCAAAUGGGGAAACGUCUUUCUGCUUGCCCUGAUGGCAUUUACAGUCACGUUUACUUGCAUCGGCGUUGUGCCGGUGGCUAGCACGAUUGUUGAGGAUCUCGAUGGAAAGCACUCAAGCUCUGCGAACAGCGCCUUACUCGUUACUAUCUGGGAACUCGGAGAAGCUGCCGGACCUCUGCUCAUCGCACCAAUGUCAGAAAUCUUUGGAAGAUAUCCUGUUUUCAACGCUUGUAACAUCGGAUUCAUCGCUGCAACUAUUCUAGCAGUGUUAAGCCAGAACAGCGGCGUUUUCAUUGCUGCCAGGAUGCUCACGGGCCUGUGCGUCGCCUCAAAUGUUCUCAACCCAGCGAUCAUUGGAGACAUUUUUGAGAGCGAAGAACGUGGUUCCGCAAUGUCUCUGGUCAUGCUUGCACCAUUAAUUGGAGGGGCCAUCGGCCCUGCCAUCUCGGGCGCAAUCGCGCAGACGCUAGGGUGGCGUCGCAUGUUGACCAUUGCCGCGGCAUUGGCCAUUGUGUGCGAGGUCCUGUUCCUUGUCUACUUCAGAGAGACCUACAAGAUGACUAUCUUGAGGAGGAGAGCAGCAAAGACGAUGCAGGAAACCGGAGAAAUCUCCGAAUCCAAGACUACACAUGAGCAUCUAGCGAAGCUAUGGCACUCGAUGACCCGGCCCUUCGCGGUACUGUUCGGGUCGACCGUACUCAUGCUUCUCUCUUUGUUCGCUUCCGUAGCGUUCAGCUUCUUCUACGUCGUCAGUGUUUCAUUACCGAUUAUUUUGAUCGAGAAGUAUGAUUUCAGACUCGCCAUGAUUGGUACUACAUUCAUCUCAUUCAGCGUUGGAUCUUUCUGCAGUGUCCUAGUCUGCAACUUCACACUCGAUAGGAUAUAUGUCAAGCUUCGUGGUCCAGAUGGUGCAAAAGGAAAGCCAGAAUAUCGCCUUCCUCUCUCCAUCAUCGGUGCGAUCCUGCUACCCUUCUCCGUAACAGCGUAUGGCUGGAUCGCUGAGCAUCGUCUCCCUGUACUCUUGCUUCUUGCCUCUGUCGCCCUCAUGGGAUUCUCGCUCCUUCUUACAGUCAUACCGUUAUCUGCCUACGUCGUUGACGCUUGUGGCAUGUACUCUGCUUCGGCUAUGACUGGCGUCAUUGUCACCAGAUGUCUCAUGGGUACUUUCCUGCCACUGACCACCGGGCCACUGUCUGAUGCUCUCGGAUAUGGAUUGGGUUUCAGCAUCCUGGGCGCGUUGAGCCUGUCUUUGGCAAUCAUUCCGAUGUCGAUCUUCAAAUUUGGAGAGAAGUGGCGACAACAUUCAGAGUUUACGAAAGACUCUUGA